UUCUGAAUACGGUUUCAUCAGAGUGUGCAUCACCACAAAGUGAUUUGAAGAUGAAGUUGACACUCUGCUUCCUGCUGAUCCUGGGCUUUGUGAUAGUCCAUGGCCAAUCGAACGACUGCAAGGAGAUAAAGGAUAUUUGCACGAAAUGCAUCCAAAGACUUAAUGAUCCCUAUAACAAGGCGGACUUCAUAAAUAAAGAAUGCAGAAGAAAGGUUCGAGGCAGCUAUGUAUGGAAGGACCAGAAUCUUUGCGAACUUCAAGCGAUAGCUUGUUCGGUUCCGACACGAGCAAUGCUUUGUGUUGUCAUCGCCGAAGUUGCCAAAAUGCCCAAAGUGACUCCAAGACCUCCAGGAUAAUAAAUAUAGCAUAUGGCCAAAGCAUAUG